CUGCAGCCUGCCCUGCACGCGAGCCAGCAGGAUACACACGACCGGCCAGGUCACGAAGCAAGCUCCGUCACCAGCCCUAGCGCUGCUUCGCUACAUCGCAUGCGACCUGGUAGCACCGUUGCAGCUGCAUGACUGCAUGAGACGCAUUACGUGGUGCCGGUGAGCGGGAGGGCGCAGAGCGCGAGCGAGCGAGCGCGAGGGCAUCGCGCGGGAUGGCGACAUCUUCAGCGGCGGGAGCGGACGUCGAGGCCGCUCUGGGCGACUGCGGGCUUUGCGGCAAGCAGGUCACCGACGACGAUUACUACAGGGAGCUUGACUGCACCUACGCCAAGUGCCCGGGCGGGCAGUAUCACGAGGAGUGCGUCACCACCUACCUGCGGCAGCGGCCGGCCGGGCGCAAGGGAGUGCAUCACACCUCGCAAUGCACCAGCUACGCCUGCCCCGCAACGCUGAGCAACGGCCGGCCCUGCUCCGGCGUGGUACGCAAGACCGCCUUCAAGCGCCCAGUCAACGAGGCACGCAAGGCAGCCGCCCGAGAGGCGGCUGUAGCAGUCAACGCAGCCGCUAACGCCGCGCGACAGCAGCAGCUGGCGGCGGCAAAACAACAACAACAACAGCAGCAGCAGCCGGGCAAUGGAAAGACGGCUGUAGCAGAGGCGGGCUCUGGUGCCGGCGCUGCUGCGCCGCCGGUGACACCGGCCCGGCACAAAGGCGGUAGCGGCGCUGCUACUGCCGCUGGCGGCGGCACGGCGGGAGGCGGGGCCGGUAAGGCGGGCGUCAUCGCUGUGAAGCGGUCGACAGGCGCCGUGGCGGCAACACCUGCCGCCAUCAGCAACAGCCUCAGCUCCUAUUUUGGCAUGAGCACUGCUGCUGUCGACCCGGCGACUGCUAGUGGCACUGCGGCGGCGGCGGGCUGGAUGGGAAGCAGGCGGCAAGAGGCCUGGCGUGUGGGCGGGGGCCAGUUUGACAUGCUGGCACAGCUGGCUGACGAAGAGGGAGAAGAAGAGGAGAAUGAGGGGGCGGCCGGCCUGCAGUCGCCUGAGAGGAAAGGGAAGAAGGUGGCGGCGGCAUCGCGCAAGACAAGCAUCCGACUCGGAUGCUACAGUGUUCGCGCUGGGCUAUUUGACGAUGCCGGCAGUAGCAGCAGAGAGCUACCGGCGGCGGCUGUAGAGUCGCCGCCGGCUGUAGCGGCUGUAGCCGACCUGAGCGCCUGGGAGGCGGUCAACUGCCACACGGGGGCGGUGGACAGCGAGGAGGAGUGGCCCGAGCUACUGCCGCAAGCCGCCAGCGUCGGUGCUACUGCCGCUACAGCCUACAGCGCUGCAGCUAAAGCUGCUGCAGCCGCACACCCGGGGCCGCUCACGCCGCCACGUGGCAUGUCGGAGAGGGCAACAAGGGCGCACGAUCGCGGCGACGAUGAAGCCGGCAGAGGCGGCAGUAGCACAGCCGGCGGCGCCGAGUCGUUUGCAGCUGUCGCGCAUGCGGGGGCGGGGGCGGCACUGAUGCUGGCGACUGCCGCCCAGGACUCGUCUGAGCCGCCGCCGCCGCCGCCGCCGCCUCCCGCGCUGCACGAUGUCGGUGCUUUCCCGCCCAUGUCGAUGAUUAUGCCCAUGCCCAUCGCAGCUGCAGCCAGGGGCAGUAGCAGCACCUACCUCACGCCGCCGGCCCCGUCCCCAGCCCCGUCUCCAGCCUCAGCCCCGUCCCCAGCCCCGUCCCCGGCCCCAACCCCAGCCCCGGCCUCUGCUACUGCCAAUGCUACAGCCGCUGGUGACGCCCCUGUCGGCGGGCCUGGCGGCGGCCACGUGCUACUGCCGCAGGCUGACGUGGACACGGAGCCUGACGACGCGGCGGUGGCGACAGAGGCGGAGGCUGUCAUAGAGCAGGUGCUCGAGGCGGCUGUAGCUGAGGCGGAGGCCGAGGCUGUAGCAGUGGCCGCGGCAGGCGCGGCGGCGGCGGCGCAGUGCGGCUGGGACCAGUGGGCGGCGGCCAACAAGCCGCCAGCGGGCGCGUGGGCCGACGACGUCCCUGAGGAGCCCGGUGGCGGUGGCGGUGCUGGCGGUGGUGUUACUGCUGUCGCCUCCGACAGCGACACAGGCGGCAGUAGCACUGCUGCUACAACUGGUGCCACUGCUGCUACUGCCGACAGCGGCGGCGCCGGCAAGGAUGGCAAUGGGGCUGACGAAGGUGGCGGCGCCGGUAAUGCCGGGGCCAGGCCCGGCGGCAGCCGCCAACGCUAUGAGGCUCAGAAGGCGGCGGCGGCGGCGGAGGCGGAGGCGGCGAGGCGAUCAGAGCUGGAGAGGCAGCGGGCGGCGGUGCGCGCACUGCGGUCCGCGCUGGGCGUGUCACAGGGAAUGGUCGCUGGUGGCGGCGGUGGCCGCAGUGGAGGUGCUGGUGGCGGCGGCAGCACGCGUGAGCCUGCAACGGCGGCGGGCGGCGACACCGCCGGCGACGUCGGCGGCUGGGGCGGCUGGGAUGGUGAGGCUGACACUGGCAGCUGGCCGCCGGGAGACCUGGGCACCUGGGGCCCUAAUGGCAGUAGCGCGGCGGCAGGCGCUGGGGAGACCGGGGCUGGCAGUAGCAGCGGCUUCAGCGGCCUCGGCGGCAGCAGCAGCUACAGCCCCGCCCGGCCGCCCAACAUCGAUGCCCUGCCGAGCUGGCGGUCCUCGGGCAGUAGCGCCGCCGCCGCCGCCGCCGCCGCCGCCGCCGCCGCCCCAUACACGUUCUCCGUACCUGCCAGACGGCAUUUCACCGCCGCCGCCGCCGCACCAGUGAACGCUGCAGGUGCCGCCGGCGCCCCGGCCGCUGGCAACGUCUGGGACUUUGGCGGCAACAGCGGCAGUAGCGGUGCCGGCGGCGGCGGCGGCAGUAGCAGCAAUCCUGGCGAUGGCGCACGCGGUGCGACUGGUGCAACUGGUGGACCUGGGGAUGAGGAGGGCUGGGUGAUGGCGGCACCGCGGCGGCCGGCGCCACGCAGCCGAGGAGUCGCGCCGGUGGUGGUGACCGUCACAGCUGCCCCUACCCGCACCCCUGCCCCUGUGCCUGUGCCUGUGCCUGCAACCCCCGCGGCUGCAUCCGCCUCGAGCAUGGCCCCUGCUACAGCUGCUACUGCUGCUACUGCUGCUACUGCUGCUGCUACUGGUGCUGUUGCGGCUGCCGCGCUGCCGCCUGCAUCCCCCGGCGCGGCCUCGGUCUUCACCUCCAGUAACAUAUUCGACCUGCUGGGGGCCGAGGCGGCAGGCGGCGGCGAGGCGGCAGGCGACGGCGAGACGGCAGGCGGCGGCGACGCUGAAAGUCCGGCGGCGGUGGACGUGGAGGUGGAGGUGACGCAGGUGGAGGUGGUGGAGGUGGCGAUGGGCUGGGACUCUCCCCCCGCCGCACCCCGGGCGGCACACGCGCCGCCACCGGCCCUCGCGGAGGCGGAGGGGCCCGCCCCCUCACAGCUAGCGGUGGGGGGGACAGCGGACAGGGCCGCGGCAGCGGCGGGUGGUGACAUCCGCGGCUAUGCACCUGCUGCUGCGGCGGCGCCGGCGGCGAACGCAGUGGCGGCGGCGGAUGCAGAGGCGGCGGCGGCGGUUGGCGGCGGCGGUGACAGAGGCGGUGACAGGGGCGGCGGCGGCGGCGGGCUGCGGGCGGCGGACCCGGCCGCUGACGUGGACCCCCUCCUCCGCAUCGACCCGGUCUUCCAGACCGAUGACGGGGGUCUGGUCGUGCAGGACCCCGACACAGCGGCGGCAGCAGCAGCAGGAGCAGGCAGUAGCACCGCCGCCACCACCACCAGCCCUACCGCCACUGCCGGGUUCGUGCCGGUGUCGUACGUGUACGGCGACAACCCCGAGAUUGUGGCGUACCUGAAUCCAGAAUCCGGCACCAUGAUGUACGGCGUUGCCGUACGCGGAUCGCGCCAGGCGGCCCGGCGGGCGGAGCUGGCGGCCCUGCGGCGGCUGGCGGCCACUGGCGGCGAGUGUGUGGUGGCGGCGGCGGCGGCGGGCGGCGAGGAAGUGGGUGGAAGCGGUGGCAGCGGUGGCGUUGGCGCUGCAGUGGAGGCAGCGGAGGCGGGCCAGUCGCUGCAGCUGCAGCCGCCGCCUCUGGCACCGCCACCCCCACUGCAAGCACUGCCGACGCCGGCGCAGCUGCUGCAGGCGCAGCUGCUGUCUUCACAGGGAGGCGGCGGCCCACUCGCUGGGCGGCAGCAGGCGAUGGCGGCAGCACCCGUGGUAGCAGCCCCCACCGCCUUGGCCGCAGCCCCCACCACCGCCACAGUCAGCGGCGGCGCUGCAACGGGCACUCCCAGGCGCCCGCCGCCCGGGUUCAGCCCACUGGCUGCGCCCGAGCGCGCGCCUCCGCCGCCGCCUCCGCCGCCGCCUCCGCCGCCGCCUCCGCCACGGCCGCUGCAGCACCUGCACCAGGCAGUUGGCCCCGCGGCUACGGCGAUGGCGGCGGCGGCGGCUGAUGCUACUGCCAGUCCGCCACGUGCGCUGCCGCCGGCGCCGCCCGGCCUCUCCGCACCCUUGACGGCGCCCACCGCAGCAGUCAACGGGUCGCAACAGCUGCAGCAGAAGCAGCAGCCGCAGCAGCAGCCGAUAUGGCCGCCGCAGCCACAACCGCAGCCGGCUCUUCAGGUACUGCCGCAGCCGGUACAGUCAACGGCUGGGCUGUGGUCCUCCCUGCUGCAGCCGCAGCCGCAGCCGCAGCCGCAGCCCGGACCGGCCACAGGACUGGAGCCGGCAGCCGCUGUGCCGUCUUCCCAGCCGCAGCCGCAGCCGCAGCCGCAGCCGCAGCCGCAGCCGCAGCCGCAGCCGCAGCCGCAGCCGCCAUGGGCUACGUUCCUUGGCUACAUCAGCGGCGGCGGCGGCGGCGGGGGCGGCGGCGGCGGGGGCGGGGGCGGGGGCCACCCGGUCCCCUCGCUGCCGCCCUGGAUGCCGGGCGCGCACGCCCUCCACGCCCCGCAUGCACCCGCACCCGCACACGCAGCAGCAGGUGGCGGUGGCAGCGGCGCCUCUGGAGCCUCGGCGAGUAUGGGCGGCGCCGCCGCCGCUGGCGCCGCCGUCGCCGCCAACGGUGACUUGUUCCGAGCCGCCGCCGCCGCGGGCUUCCUGGCGGCCAUGUCGGGCGGGCACGCGGGGCUGAGGCACUGGGCGGACCUCUCCGCGGCUUUGGUGGGCGCCGGCAACUGCGGUCCUGCCGCUUUCGGGUCCACAGGCCCGUACGGCGGCCCCUACAGUGGCGCCGCCGGUAUGAGCGGCGGCAGUAGCGGCAGUGGCGGCAGUCGCUCGGGUGGCCUGCAGCAGCCGGCGGCGUCCAGCAGUGUGGCGGCGGUGAUGGAGGCGGUGGCGGCAGCGGUGGCGGCGGCGGAGCAGCCAGCAGCGGCGGCGGCGGCGAUUUCGCUGCCGGUGCCUGUGCCGGUGCCCGUGCCGGUGCCGGUUCAAGCAAGCCCUGCAGCCCCGCAGCAUGCGGCGAUCACAGCCGCCCUCUUCCCUGCGGGCCGCGACUCGCGGUCUGCAGUGGCAGCGGAGCCGGCGGGGCCUGUGCCCGCCGCGCCCGCGACUGUGCCCGCGCUGCUGCCGGCCCCGCUGCUGCCACACGUGCUAGUCAAGCCCGUGCCCGUUAUCCUUGGGGCGUCGCCGCCGGGGUUACGUUUGGAGCCCGCACCGGCCGCCGCCGCCGGCUCUGCUACAGCCGCCGCCCCGGCCGUGGCCCCUGCUGCGGCUACUGCUACAGCCGCUGCUACAGCCUGGCAGGGGCUGAGUCAUGGUGGGGUGCGGGAGCAGGAGGGAGAGCAGGAGGAGCAGGCAGCGGAGGAUGACGAUGAUGGCGACAUGUUGACGGCGUGCCUGGGUGACCUGCUACUGCCGCCACACGCUGCUGCUACUGCGCCUGGGUGGUAGCGAGGUGGUGUUCGCGCCGGUGUGGGCUGACGUGCGUUCGCGGCGCCGAGUUAGUUUGGCAACGACACGCCACAAGUAUCAUGUUUUUAAAGUGCCUUGGUCAGUGCCCGGCUGAUACCGGCCUGGCCGAUGUGGAUGGAGAUGACCUCACGCAUGGUUGAGAAGGGACUGGACGGAGAAGAGAAGGGGAGCGAAAGGGGAGUCUGCUAACCGGGGGUGACGCGAGGCUUAAUGACCUGCGUACCAACGGUACUUGUGUUUGUGGAGUGUUGUUGGGAGUAAGGUGUUUGGCGGGGCCUGAUUAAGUAGUGCAUAGGGGAGCUAAGGACCAUCGCGCGCGGCCCCAUGCAGCCAUGCAGCCCGAAUUCGAAGGCCCCGCGUAGGCGCCCAGGUCGUAGGAGCUGCAUGCCUGGCAAGUAACUGCUUGGAUGGACAGAAGCGGGGGAGUCAGGAGAGUGGCUUCAGCAGUAGCGACAGUGGCGGCGGACAGGCGGGAGGCAGGCGGUGCUUAGAGCGGUGGGCUGUCGAUGCGAGGUAGGGGUGCGCGCCUCGGACCUGAUGCCUUGUCAGGCUCCUCCUGAUGGAUGGGGUCGAGCCAGCACGCAUAAGCAAGUUGGGUUGAAGAGCACGUGCCAAGCAUACCUACCCGUACAUGUGGGCAAUGGGCACGGGCUGAGGGGCAGGUUGGGGGCUGGGACCGGCUGGGUGUGCCCCGGCGAUCAUGGCGCCCUUCCCCUUUUCCCCGUCACGGCGUCACCCAAGUGGCGCGCGGGGCUGGGUCCAGGCGGGCUGCGCUGUCCCUGCCUUGGCUUCAAGGCUGUCGGGCAGGGAGGCAUUGUAAGUAGGGACGAGG